CAUGUGUUUCAAGCUGUCAGCUGACAAAAGGGCGAAGAUGUACAAGUUUCUAUUCUUCGACACACUACCGAAACUAAGAUUCGAGGACGACUACAAGGGUCGCCAAGAUGUCGUGAUUGGGGCAUUGGAUGACUUCCAUGGUGCUUCUAGGGAGUCUGCGGCCAACUUCGUGGAAAAACUUGAGGAAUGUUAUUUGGACAAUGGUAAGAUGAAACUCACAUUAAAUUAUUACAAGGCUCAUUUCAUGGAGGAGGACAAUUUUAACGCAAACGGCGAGGAAGAAGUCAGUGAAGUUAUCGAUGGUGAAUGGAUCAUGGCGUUUAAAGACAAAGGCGAGUGGAAAUCAGAUGCUCAUUUGUCCAAGAGAGAUUUUGAAGAGGCCGCCCUCCAAGCAGUUAUUGACCAUGUCGCGGAGGUAAACUGCCGUGAACCAGAAGACAUCGUGGUCAAAAUGUUUGGAGAGCUGAAAUACGAGAUUCUUCGGGAGCACAACAUGUUGGAGAUAUGUCGUGACUUUUAUUACCUCGAACUAAGUUCGAGUUACGAAGCUAAAAUGGAUUGGCAUAUUCUGCCGGCUGACCCAACACACGGAGAGGGAACUGGACGUAAAGGAGAUGACGGAGGAGAUGACAGCGCUUACGGUGGAGAUGGUGGAGGGCAUGAUGACCGAGGUGGUGGCGCGGGGCGCCGAAAUGUUGCGAGCUCGAGAGGAGGUACGACGGGGAAGGGCGGAAUGAGUGGCAUAGCUUCGGUAGAAGGUGCGAGCUCACAAACUGGGCACAGCGAGAAUCUGACGGAGAAAACGGCAGGCACGUCAUACUCCCCCGAAAUGAGAGAUUCUCUUGCUAGCCCGUGUGCACCGGGAUCUGAUGGGGACAAGGGGCAGGGACUGCGUGUUGGCAGUUUUACUGCCGGCAGCGGAUGUAUCCGCCGUCCAAGCGGGCGCAUCAGUGCGGAGCAGAAGGAGGACUUAGUUGUCGGAAGCAUUUCUGUCGGCGGCGGAUCUAUCCGCUCCUCGACGCAGCAACCCAACAGCACGAACAACACCCUUCCUCUUGGUAUGGAAGACCAGGAGACUCCACCCCCUGAUACACAUUAUGGUGGUUCCGAGCACGGGUAUGUCCCGCUGCUAUAUUCUGGGUUGGAGGACAAAUUGAGAAGUGAUGUGACACCUCCGGUGCUUGACAUGCGGCCCUUGAAACUCCUUACGGCUACAGUCAGGUCAGACCAAUGCGAUGAGGACGAAGACGUCACCAUGCUGGAAGUGGAAGAGGUUACUGUCCGUCGUCCGCUCGAAGAUGAUCUUGUCAAGACACUCUUUCGCGAGAGCUGUAACGACGAAUACAGUUCGCCCGUUAUCAUCUCUUCCUGGCCACGAUUAUUGACCCCCCAAAAUGAAGUUUUUGCCAUCCGCAAGAGUGUUGGGACAACUUGUCGUACUGUACAGUUGUGUCCUGAUGAAGGUGCGUGAGAACCUCACAAGGAGUCUACUGGUGUCGCUCUGGAAAAAAGUUGUUCGCCUCAUCGACGCAGACGUUAAGGACUUGUCCCGAUUUCCAUCCCAGUUAGAUCUCAUUAUAGCAUCGACUGAGACUGAAGCAAUAGACGAG